AUGUGCAGAAAGCACUACAAUCCCAAGGACAGAAACUUCACCAGUUUGAGGAAGGGCUGUCCAUUCAGCAGUAGCUCAGAGUGUGCUGAAGGAUCAGCUGGCGGCAUUGGAUCUUCCAGAGGAGCUCUCAUCGCCCUGGCCGUCAAGAUUGACAAGCGGCUCUUCAAACGGACAAAGGAACAAACAGAGAAGUUUAUAUGCCUUCGGGUGGAACACCAAAGUAUGUUCACCGGGGGGAGAGACACCGUGGUGAACGGAUAUCGGUUUAUUUUGGAGAAGAUGGGGAUUGGAGGGAGGGUCUCCCACGGCCAGGCGAAGAAGAAGUGGGACAAUUUAAAAACCAAGUACAAGGAAUGCAAGUGUCCUGCCACUGGUCAGGGGACAGAGGACGGCAAGGCGACGGCAGCAACUUGGCCCUGGUUUGCCCUCAUGGACGAGGCAUUAGGGCAGUCUGCAGCUGUCUCACCCCCCUGCCUUAUUGCCUCAAUCCAACAUGACAAAACAGGCCCAAGUACUGCACAAGAGGUAGAGGAAGGGAGCGAGGAGGAGGAAGAGGAGAGAGAGAGAAGCAAAGAUAGGGCAGGGCACAGAGGAGAGAAGAGGAGAAAGGAAAGAGAGGACCCUUUCCUAGAGCUCCUCAAGGAGGAUAUAAAAUACCAGAGGGAGGCAGAUGAGAGGAGGGAAGCAGAGGCCAGAGAGAGGUCUAAUAGAUCUUUCUCUCUUUUGGAGAAGUUGGUGAACAAAUAA